AUGACCGAUUCAGUCGCGCACGCCUCACCGACAUGGAGAACGUACUCAUUAAACCCGUCGCUGCAACCGGACUGGAUGAACGGCACGGCGGAGGUAGAGGCGGUCAAAACAGCGGAGGAUGAUCUCGAGCGCUCGUACAAGAACAAGCCGUUCUUCAAGGACGCAAGCUACGAGGCAUUCGCCAGACAACGAGACGAGUAUGACAAACCGACGCCCGACGGCCUCGAGGAGUUCAAGCGCAUCUUACGGUCGAAUUAUCUUCGCACCGUAGAGCGCAUCGAUAAAAAUAUCCAAGUUCUGGAAGCCCAGCUACAAGACGAGAAUAUCUCUGAAACGCGACGGUCGGUUAUCCCGCAGCACAUCGAGGACACUCGUGCGAAAUUAAAAGAGCAAGACAAUUCAUUGAACGCGCUGUGCGCCGAUGUGGAUGCGGUUAUCGCAGAUUUGAAAGGCUUGCCCGAUAAAAUUGCCGACAUUAAAGAGCGCGCCUCUGAACAACUUCAGCGACACAAAAGAAAAAGGACUAAUGCAUCUUUGGAACGCAACCUCGAGGAGUUGAGCGAUGCGUUGCGCAGCUACGAGGCGAAAAAAGAACAGGAGAGGCUCACCCUUUGUGAACACCAAAUUCGCCAACAGAAUCUGCCAUUGUCCCAGUAUGUUCGCUACUCAGGGGGAGGAGUUAUCGACGUUGUUCAUCCUGUGGGUGUCAUCGGCUGCGAUGGUAGUAACCUCAGCGUUGAUGGUCGUGGUGGUCGUGGUGGUCGUGGUGGUCGUGGUGGUCGUGGUGAUCGUGUUCUUUCGGUUAAUCGUCAACGUUACUUUGAAGUGCCACAAUGGCGGCCUGAAUGGGGACCUGAGAAGCAAUUUUGUGCGUGCAAGAGCUUCCAAGAAUGGUACAAAGUCGACGCCGGAGACCUUCUUUACAGCGCGCUUCGUGGCGUAGAGGGCGCGCUAAAGGCGCUCAGUGGUUCGGGAGAUGACACCUCUUCGCUUCGACGGCGCUUGGGCGAUGCCAAUUUGGACGAGGCAAGCACAGGGAGUUAAUAUAUGUGGACGUAUAUUUUGUUGUCCACGAAUGGCGCGAUAUAGAAUAACGAUAUCUAGCCGCUCUCCACCGCCUCCAGUCUCGACACAAUGUCACUGAGCUCACUGCGGAGUUCGUCGAUUUGCUGAUCUCUCGAUGCAACGGCGGCCUCUAAAUCGGCGAUUUGAGCGUCGUGCUGUUGCUGUAUGCGGUCAACUUCCUGUAAUGCUGCGGUUGAGAGCGUUGAAAUUGCCGAUUCUUGGAGGUGCUUGAAAUCGGUAACAACCUCACCGUAGACGAACAAUCCGCGCCGCGCGCGCGCCAGUCCGGUGCGGGGUCGACCGAACUAGCCGUUGGUCGUAGUUUCCGACCGUUUGAAUUUGAAUUCGCUGCGCGCGCGGCGCUUGAAGACGACCGUUGGGGCCCAACGAGCAUGUAAAUCUUUGAGGCAGUUUUCGCCGCGCAUGACGCGACGUGGUGUGCGUCGGAGUACGUCUCCGGCCGUCUCGACGGCGCGGAAAGGUUGCAAGAAGUCUCCUCGACGCAUUACAUUAAAUCUAGGGUUUAGAAAUUAGGGUUUAGACAUCAAA